AUGCGGGGCUCAGGGCCCCGGGGUGCGGGACGCCGGCGGCCCCCGGGCGGCGGGGGCGGCUACAACCCCAGAACUCAUGUGUCCCUGGCUGGCUGCUACUCCGCACCUCGCAGGGCCCCCCUCUGGACGUGCCUUCUUCUGUGCGCCGCGCUCCGGACACUCCUGGCCAGCCCCAGCAACGAAGUGAAUUUAUUGGAUUCACGAACUGUCAUGGGGGACCUGGGAUGGAUCGCUUUUCCAAAAAAUGGGUGGGAAGAGAUUGGUGAAGUUGAUGAAAAUUAUGCCCCUAUCCACACAUACCAAGUAUGCAAAGUUAUGGAACAGAAUCAGAAUAACUGGCUUUUGACCAGUUGGAUCUCCAACGAAGGUGCUUCCAGAAUCUUCAUAGAACUUAAAUUUACUCUGCGGGACUGCAACAGCCUUCCUGGAGGACUGGGGACCUGUAAGGAAACUUUUAACAUGUAUUACUUUGAGUCAGAUGAUGAGAAUGGGAGAAACAUUAAGGAAAACCAGUACAUCAAAAUUGAUACCAUUGCUGCUGAUGAGAGCUUUACAGAACUUGAUCUUGGUGACCGUGUCAUGAAACUGAAUACAGAGAUCAGAGAUGUAGGACCUCUAAGCAAAAAAGGAUUUUACCUUGCUUUUCAAGAUGUCGGUGCUUGCAUUGCUCUGGUUUCUGUGCGUGUGUACUAUAAAAAAUGCCCCUCUGUGGUACGACACUUGGCUGUCUUCCCCGACACCAUCACUGGAGCUGAUUCUUCACAGUUGCUCGAAGUGUCAGGCUCCUGUGUCAACCAUUCUGUGACAGAUGAACCUCCCAAAAUGCACUGCAGUGCUGAGGGGGAGUGGCUGGUGCCCAUCGGAAAAUGCAUGUGUCAGGCAGGAUAUGAAGAGAAAAAUGGCACCUGUCAAGUGUGCAGACCUGGGUUCUUCAAAGCCUCACCUCACAGCCAGAGCUGCAGCAAAUGUCCACCUCACAGUUACACCCAUGAGGAAGCUUCAACCUCUUGUGUCUGUGAAAAGGAUUAUUUCAGGAGGGAGUCUGAUCCACCCACAAUGGCAUGCACAAGACCCCCCUCUGCUCCUCGGAAUGCCAUCUCAAAUGUUAAUGAGACUAGUGUCUUUCUGGAAUGGAUUCCGCCUGCUGACACUGGUGGAAGGAAAGAUGUGUCAUAUUAUAUUGCAUGCAAGAAGUGCAACUCCCAUGCAGGUGUGUGUGAGGAGUGUGGCAGUCAUGUCAGGUACCUGCCCCGGCAAGGCGGCCUGAAAAAUACCUCUGUCAUGAUGGUGGAUCUGCUUGCUCACACAAACUAUACCUUUGAGAUUGAGGCAGUGAAUGGAGUGUCCGACUUGAGCCCAGGAGCCCGGCAGUAUGUGUCUGUAAAUGUAACCACAAAUCAAGCAGCCCCCUCUCCAGUCACCAAUGUGAAAAAGGGGAAGAUUGCAAAAAACAGCAUCUCUUUGUCUUGGCAAGAGCCAGAUCGCCCCAAUGGAAUCAUCCUGGAGUAUGAAAUCAAGUAUUUUGAAAAGGACCAAGAGACCAGCUACACAAUUAUCAAAUCUAAAGAGACAACUAUUACUGCAGAGGGCUUGAAACCAGCUUCAGUAUAUGUCUUCCAAAUUCGAGCACGUACAGCAGCAGGCUAUGGUGUCUUCAGUCGAAGAUUUGAGUUUGAAACCGUCCCAGUGUCAGUUGCAGCAUCCAGUGAUCAAAGCCAGAUUCCUAUAAUUGCUGUGUCUGUGACAGUGGGAGUCAUUUUGUUGGCAGUGGUUAUCGGCUUCCUCCUCAGUGGAAGUUGCUGCGAAUGUGGCUGUGGGAGGGCUUCUUCCCUGUGCGCUGUUGCCCAUCCAAGCCUAAUAUGGAGGUGUGGCUACAGCAAAGCAAAACAAGAUCCAGAAGAGGAAAAGAUGCAUUUUCAUAAUGGGCACAUUAAACUGCCAGGUGUAAGAACUUACGUUGAUCCACAUACCUAUGAGGAUCCCAAUCAAGCUGUCCAUGAAUUUGCCAAGGAAAUAGAAGCUUCGUGUAUCACCAUUGAAAGAGUUAUUGGAGCAGGUGAAUUUGGUGAAGUUUGUAGUGGACGUUUGAAACUGCCAGGAAAAAGAGAAUUGCCUGUGGCUAUCAAAACCCUUAAAGUAGGCUAUACUGAAAAGCAACGAAGAGACUUCCUAGGUGAAGCAAGUAUCAUGGGGCAGUUUGAUCAUCCUAACAUCAUCCAUUUAGAAGGUGUUGUGACCAAAAGUAAACCCGUGAUGAUAGUGACAGAGUAUAUGGAGAAUGGCUCUUUAGACACAUUUUUAAAGAAAAAUGAUGGGCAGUUCACUGUGAUUCAGCUUGUUGGCAUGCUGAGAGGCAUCGCUGCAGGAAUGAAAUACCUUUCCGACAUGGGCUAUGUGCACAGAGACCUUGCUGCUAGAAACAUCUUAAUCAACAGUAACCUUGUGUGCAAAGUGUCUGACUUUGGACUUUCCAGGAUACUGGAAGAUGAUCCUGAGGCAGCCUACACCACAAGGGGAGGCAAAAUUCCAAUCAGAUGGACUGCCCCAGAAGCUAUAGCUUUCCGAAAGUUUACUUCCGCCAGUGAUGUCUGGAGUUAUGGAAUAGUAAUGUGGGAAGUUGUGUCGUAUGGAGAGAGACCCUAUUGGGAGAUGACCAAUCAAGAUGUGAUUAAAGCAGUGGAGGAAGGCUAUCGCCUGCCAAGCCCCAUGGAUUGCCCUGCUGCUCUCUAUCAAUUAAUGCUGGAUUGCUGGCAGAAAGACCGAAAUAGCAGGCCCAAGUUUGAUGAAAUAGUCAACAUGUUGGACAAGUUGAUACGUAACCCAAGUAGUUUGAAGACACUGGUUAAUGCAUCAUGCAGAGUAUCUAAUUUAUUGACAGAGCAUGGCCCACUAGGAUCUGGGGCCUACAGAUCAGUAGGUGAGUGGCUAGAAGCAAUCAAGAUGGGCCGGUAUACAGAGAUCUUUAUGGAAAAUGGAUACAGUUCAAUGGACGCUGUGGCUCAGGUGACCUUGGAGGAUUUGAGACGGCUUGGAGUGACUCUUGUCGGUCACCAGAAGAAGAUCAUGAACAGCCUUCAAGAAAUGAAGGUGCAGCUGGUAAACGGGAUGGUGCCAUUGUAA